AUAAUAGGGAGAUUGGCGUGGGUGGUCGAAUAGUCUGUACACUCAUUUUAUUUCCCCCCAGAUCUCUGAUCCUCUCCGAUGGAAGUCAUCACCACUCCGUAAUUCUUCUCACUCUGCAGGAGAAGGCAAGAGUGCCGAACGUGGUGUCCAUUCGGUUCGAUUUGAAUUGAAUUGAAUUGAACUGAUAUUCAAUUGAAAGAGAAAGGUUUUUUCAAAGGAAAUGGCUGCGGGGGGUUUUGUCACUCGGGAUUUUGAGUUGAUGCUCAAAGAGUGUUCCGGCAAAAAGUUUACCUCUCUCCAGACGGCUAUUCAGUCUUAUUUAGACAGUACUAAAGAGACCAAUCUGCAUUCUGUUUCCAGUGAGACAAAUCAAUCAGCAUCUUUGGCAGGAGAUCAGAGCUUGCCUGAUACUGAUACUGGAGCUGCAAAUAUUGGAAAUGAGCAAGGUACUGCUGAGGCAGAACAUACUAGCAGGCCAGUGGGCAUAACAACAACCUUAGCAAAUGCUGGGCAUACUUUAGAAGGAGCUCAGGCUGAGAUUGUUUUGAAUCCACUCCGACUUGCAUUUGAGACGAAGAACGUAAAAGUCAUGGAGCUCGCACUGGAUUGUCUUCAUAAACUCAUAGCCUAUGAUCAUUUAGAGGGAGAUCCUGGUCUAGAUGGUGGAAAAAAUGUACCACUUUUUACUGACAUUCUGAACAUGGUCUGCAGUUGUGUAGAUAAUUCGUCAUCUGACAAUACGAUUUUGCAAGUGUUGAAGGUGCUUCUUACUGCUGUAGCAUCCACCAAGUUCAGAGUUCAUGGGGAACCAUUGUUGGGCGUAAUCAGAGUAUGCUAUAAUAUUGCUCUUAACAGCAAGAGCCCUAUAAACCAAGCAACGUCAAAAGCCAUGUUGACCCAAAUGAUCAGCAUCGUAUUCCGGCGAAUGGAAACUGAUCUGGCAGUUCAGGUUUCUACUUCAUCUGGUUCUGCUGCACAAAAGGAAGCGGCUUCAGAGAAUGGUUCAAACUCAAAAGUUGAAGAGACUUCCUCAGUUGACCAAAAUGGCAAAGAAAUGACCCUGGGUGAUGCACUUUCUAUGAAUAAAGUUAAAGACACAUCUCUUGCGUCCGUGGAGGAACUUCAGAAUCUUGCUGGAGGCGCUGAUAUAAAGGGUUUAGAGGCAGUUCUUGAUAAGGCUGUGCAACUUGAAGAUGGUGAAAGGAUAACACGAGGGAUGGACCUAGAGAGCAUGAGCAUUGGGCAACGUGAUGCUUUAUUGCUUUUCCGUACCCUCUGCAAGAUGGGUAUGAAGGAAGAGAGCGAUGAAGUUACAACCAAGACACGAAUUUUGUCACUUGAGCUUCUGCAGGGAUUAUUGGAAGGUGUUGGUCAUUCAUUCACUAAGAACUUCCAUUUUAUUGACUCGGUUAAAGCUUACCUUUCUUAUGUUUUAUUGCGUGCAUCGGUUUCUCAAUCCUCUGUCAUAUUUCAGUAUGCAACAGGAAUCUUUUCUGUGCUUCUGUUGCAAUUUAGGGAAAGUCUCAAGGGUGAAAUUGGCAUAUUCUUUCCCUUGAUUGUUGUACGAUCAUUGGAUAGCUCAGAAUUUCCCAUUAGCCAAAAAAUAAGUGUUCUUCGGAUGCUAGAGAAAGUUUGCAAGGAUUCUCAGAUGCUUGUUGACCUAUAUGUGAACUACGACUGUGAUCUUGAGGCACCUAACUUGUUUGAACGCAUGGUUACCACUCUAUCAAAAAUAGCUCAAGGGACUCAAAACAUGGAUCCAAACUCUGUUAGCAUGUCCCUGACCGGGUCAACAAAAGGUUCAUCACUUCAGUGUCUUGUGAACGUGCUGAAAUCACUGGUUGAUUGGGAGAAGUCACGGAGAGAACUAGCAAAGCGGAGUAAAGGCAAACAAUCUUUUGAAGAAGACAUUUCAGCUAGAGAAUCUGAUGAGAUUAGAAGCAGGGAAGAUUUUCCCAGUAAUUUUGAGAAGGCGAAGGCUCAUAAAUCUAUCAUGGAAGCUGCUAUAUCUGAGUUCAACCGGAAUCCAGGAAAGGGCAUAGAAUAUCUGAUAUCAAAUAAAUUGGUCGAAAAAGCACCUCCUUCAGUUGCCCAAUUUCUGAGGAAUACUCCCACUUUGAACAAGGCAAUGAUUGGUGAUUACUUGGGCCAACAUGAGGAGUUUCCCCUUGCAGUCAUGCAUGCUUAUGUAGAUUCUAUGAAGUUCUCAGGAAUGAAGUUUGGUACUGCAAUCCGUGAAUUCCUUCGAGGAUUUCGACUUCCAGGAGAAGCACAAAAGAUAGAUCGCAUCAUGGAGAAGUUUGCUGAGCGAUACUGUGCAGAUAAUCCAGAUCUGUUCAAGAAUGCAGAUACUGCAUACAUACUUGCAUAUGCAGUUAUAAUGUUGAAUACCGAUGCGCAUAACCCACUGGUGUGGCCUAAAAUGUCCAAGGCUGAUUUUAUACGCAUGAAUGCCAUGAAUGAUGUUGAAGAGUGUGUUCCGCAGGAACUACUGGAGGAGAUCUAUGAUUCUAUCAUUAAAGAAGAGAUAAAAAUGAAAGAUGACACUGCUACACUUGGGAAGAGCAGCAGACAAAAGCCAGAUGCAGAAGAGAGAGGCCGCAUUGUCAGUAUUCUUAAUCUGGCUCUUCCCAAAAGAAAGUCAGCAACUGACACUAAGGCUGAGAGUGAAGCUAUCAUUAAGCAAACACAGGCUAUUUUCCGUAACCAAGGAGCAAAAAGAGGAGUUUUUCAUACCUCAAAUCAGAUUGAACUUGUAAGGCCCAUGGUUGAAGCUGUGGGGUGGCCUUUGCUGGCUACCUUUUCUGUUACUAUGGAGGAAGGAGAAAAUAAGCCGAGGGUUGUUCUUUGUAUGGAAGGAUUUAGAGCAGGAAUAUGCAUCACGCAUGUUCUCGGAAUGGAUACCAUGCGCUAUGCGUUUUUAACAUCUUUAAUUAGAUUUACUUUCUUGCAUGCGCCAAAGGAAAUGCGUAGUAAAAAUGUCGAAGCAUUGCGGACCCUACUGACUUUAUGUGAUUCAGAGACUGACUCUCUUCAAGACACAUGGAAUGCAAUUUUGGAAUGCAUUUCUCGGCUUGAAUGCAUCACUUCAACUCCUAGUAUUGCUGCAACUGUCAUGCAUGGAUCAAAUCAGAUUUCCAGGGAUGCUAUUCUUCAAUCUUUGAGAGAGUUGGCUGGGAAACCAGCUGAACAAGUGUUUGUGAAUAGUGUUAAACUGCCUAGUGAAUCUGUAGUAGAGUUCUUUACUGCUCUUUGUAGCGUGUCAGCUGAAGAAUUGAAACAGACUCCUGCUCGUGUUUUCAGCUUGCAAAAACUUGUUGAGAUCAGCUAUUACAAUAUGGCUCGUAUACGAUUGGUUUGGGCUAGAAUAUGGUCUGUGCUGGCUAAUCAUUUUAUUUCUGCUGGGAGUCAUCGUGAUGAGAAAAUCGCUAUGUAUGCCAUAGAUUCUCUUAGGCAACUCGGUAUGAAAUAUUUGGAGCGUGCUGAACUAGCCAAUUUUACAUUCCAGAAUGACAUUUUAAAACCAUUUGUGAUUCUUAUGCGGAAUAGUCGAAGUGAAUCUAUACGGAGGCUAAUUGUCGAUUGCAUUGUUCAAAUGAUAAAAUCUAAAGUUGGAAGUAUAAAGUCUGGCUGGCGAAGUGUCUUUAUGAUUUUUACAGCUGCUGCAGAUGAUGAAUUGGAAUCAAUUGUUGAAAGUGCAUUUGAAAAUGUAGAACAGGUUAUCUUGGAGCACUUUGAUCAGGUUGUUGGAGACUGCUUUAUGGAUUGUGUCAACUGUCUUAUUGGGUUUGCCAACAAUAAAAGUUCCCACCGUAUAAGUUUGAAGGCUAUUGCACUCCUGCGCAUAUGCGAGGACCGUCUUGCAGAGGGCCUCAUACCAGGUGGUGCUUUGAAGCCCAUUGAUGUCAGUGCAGAUACAACUUAUGAUGUGACUGAGCAUUACUGGUUCCCAAUGCUGGCUGGUUUAUCAGACCUCACCUCUGAUUCAAGGCUAGAGGUUAGAAACUGCGCACUUGAGGUCUUGUUUGAUUUGUUGAAUGAGAGAGGGAGCAAGUUCUCAACGGCAUUUUGGGAGAACAUUUUCUAUCGCGUCCUGUUUCCCAUAUUUGAUCACGUGAGGCACGCUGGAAAAGAGAGUUUGAUAUCCUCUGGAGAUGAGUGGCUUCGUGAAACUAGCAUUCAUUCACUUCAGUUGUUGUGUAACCUUUUCAACACUUUUUACAAGGAGGUUUGUUUUAUGCUGCCUCCACUACUGAGUUUGUUGUUAGAUUGCGCCAAAAAGACAGAUCAGGCGGUGGUUUCAAUUUCUUUGGGAGCAUUGGUGCAUCUCAUUGAAGUUGGAGGACACCAAUUCAGUGAUAGUGACUGGGAUACCUUGUUGAAAAGCAUAAGAGAUGCUUCAUACACAACACAACCUCUUGAGCUGCUCAAUGCUUUGGGCUUUGAAAGCCCUGCAAAUCGUACAGUGUUGACCAGAGAUCUAGAGUUCAGUACAGGUGACAGUCCUAAGAUAAAGCCUGUUGACAAUGAGUCACUCGAUAAUUAUCAGCAUAGGCUCAGUGACAAUGGGAACACUUACGCUUUGGCCCCUAACACUGGUGAUCACAAUCAAUUAAUGGGGCUGGCAGUGGAUUUAGAGGGUUCUGAAGGCCUACCAUCACCUUCUGGAAGAUCUCAGAAACCUGUUGAAGCUGGAGGUCUUCAACGGAAUCAAACAAUAGGUCAAAGAAUUAUGGGAAAUAUGAUGGACAACCUCUUUGUUAGAAGUUUUACCUCUAAACCUAAAAACAAUGCUUCGGAGGUUUUGGUGCCAUCUUCUCCAUCCAAGUCUCCUGAUGCUGUGGAGCCUGUUGCCCAAGAUGAAGAGGAAAGUCCCUUGCUGGGAACCAUUAGGAGCAAAUGCAUCACUCAAUUACUACUCCUCGGUGCCAUUGAUAGUAUUCAGAAGAAAUACUGGAACAAGUUGAAGGUACCACAAAAGAUCACUGUAAUGGAUAUUUUGUUCUCUGUUUUGGAGUUUGCUGCAUCAUAUAAUUCGUAUACCAACCUCAGAUUGCGUAUGCACCACAUUCCUGCUGAGAGCAGGCCGCCUUUGAAUCUUCUUCGCCAGGAAUUAGCUGGAACUUGCAUUUAUUUGGAUAUUUUACAGAAGACGACAUCAGGAAUUAAUUAUGACAGAGGACAAAUUGAAAACAAUGUUUCUCAGAACGUGGAUGAUACUUCUGUUAAAAAUGAUUCUAGUUUCACAGAACAUUCUAGUGCAGAAGAUAAACUUGAAGGAAUAGCAGAAGAGAAACUAGUGUCUUUUUGUGGACAAGUUCUGAAGGAGGCAUCUGACUUUCAGUGCAGUGUUGGAGAGACUACGAAUAUGGAUACUCAUCGAGUUCUAGAGUUGCGUUCACCAAUCAUCGUUAAGGUGCUUAAAGGCAUGUGCUUGAUGAAUAACCGGAUAUUCAGAAAACACCUGAGAGAGUUCUAUCCUUUGAUUACUAAACUUGUAUGCAGUGACCAGAUGAAUGUUCGUGGAGCUCUUGGUGAUCUUUUCAGCAUGCAAUUGAAUGGUUUGUUGCCAUAGAAAAAAUUUAUUGCCACUUCAUCAACUUCGAUGGGAUUGCAGUGCUUCUGGAAGCCGACAUGUCAUAUUUAGCUGAUCCAUUAUUGCACUCUGGUGGACAUUCAAUUUUGCUUUUAAGGCGUAUUGGCUGCAUUUCUCUUUUAAUGAUUUCUCCUUUCAAGGUUUUCAGAGAAUUAUGCAGUGGAAAAGAUUAAAACGACGUAUUUUCUUGUAAUUUCAGACUUGGAUGCCUUAGCUAUUAUGGCAUCACUUUGUAAUAGAAGAAAAAUGUAUACCUUGUCGAAACCAAAUUUUACGAGGACAAGACUAGAUGCAGUUCAGUUCAGUGUGGUAGUUGAACAUCAGAUGUAGUGUCCUUUUGACCCGAGAUCAAAUUGAGGAACAACCCAAUGUGGAUAAGAGUUAUUCUUACUGAUUGUUGAAAGAUAAACUGAAGCUAUGUUGUACAUUACUUGGAAUGAUUCUUACUGAUCUAAAUCAGCCUAUUACUUCAAUGAUUGUUUCAAAUGCAA